AUAAGAGGUACAGGAAAAAGCAAUUAUUGUAGAAAUGACGGAAGCUAACAGAAAAGUAUCAGCUGCUUCAGUAAGGGCUCACACACGAAAAUCAAUGCAAAGCAACUCAUUCCAUCUUCCUUCUGGCAUGUCCAAGAAAGUUUCGGUCCUUCUACUCAUCGGGAUUCUGUCAUGGAUGUAUCAGGCCAUCCAACCCCCACCACCCAAGAUCUGUGGCUCCCCAAAUGGCCCACCUGUGACAGCGCCUAGAAUAAGACUCAGAGAUGGAAGGCAUUUGGCCUACAAAGAGAACGGUGUCCCAAAAGAUAAGGCCAAAUACAAAGUCAUCUUCGUUCAUGGCUUCGACUCUUGCAGAUAUGAUGCCAUCCCACUGCCUCAGAGAGUUGCUGAAGAGCUGGGCAUCUACUUGCUGUCAUUUGACAGAGCUGGGUAUGGAGAGAGCGAUCCUAACCCCAAACGAACCGUGAAGGAUACGGCUUUGGAUAUUGAAGAGCUGGCAGACCAGUUGGGAAUCGGAUCUAAAUUCUACGUAAUUGGGUUUUCCAUGGGUGGACAGGCGAUUUGGAGCUGCCUCAAAUAUAUCCCUCAUAGGCUAGCAGGAGCAACACUAAUUGCACCGGUUGUCAACUACUGGUGGAGAGGGCUGCCCACCAAUUUGACCCUGGAAGCCUAUAAUCUGCAACUACCCCGGGAUCGUUGGGCAGUUGGAGUGUCUCACUACGCUCCCUGGCUCACAUACUGGUGGAACACUCAGAAAUGGUUUCCUGCUUCCAGCGUUAUAGCCCAUAGCCCUGAUAUUCUUUGUAGCCAAGAUAAAGAGGUCUUCCAGAAGUUUGAAGCGAGGGAAUCCUAUGUGGCACAGAUCAGGCAGCAAGGAGACUUUGAGUCCCUGCACCGUGACUUGAUCGUCGGGUUCGGGAGUUGGGAAUUCGACCCCAUGGACCUUGAGAACCUGUUUUCUAAUGGCGAAGGUUCGGUUCACUUAUGGCAUGGAGAUGAGGAUGGGCUUGUUCCUGUUAGCCUACAACGCUAUAUUGCUGCAAAGCUGCCAUGGAUUCACUAUCAUGAGCUCAAGGGUUCAGGUCACAUGUUUCCAUACAUUGAUGGCAUGCCUGAAACCAUCGUAAAAGCCCUUUUACUUGGAGAGAAGUAAAUUUCUAUAGAUGCAUGUAUCUGCCCAUCAACCACCCCUCAGUUUGAUCUUCCUAAUUAAUGGUUUUCUUGGUGGGUUUUCUUCUGGUUAUUUUCAAUUUUCAAUUGAUAGGUUCUGUUUCAGCCAUCAUUACUGACCAAUGUUUUAAAGUUCUAAAUGUAUCAGCCAAUAUGGUCCCAUGUGUAUUCGUUUUUUGGAAAGAUAGAUAGAAAAUAAGGUAUCGGUCCGUAUUGGCCGAUAUUAUUUAUAA